GGGGGCCCCUGCCGCCAUUUUCUUGCCUUCCUCAGGGAAGGGCCGCCCCUCACCGCCGCCGCCGAAGGGGAGUCUCCUCCCCUCAACCCGGCGGCGGCGGCGCGAUGGGGUCCCGCCCACCGCCGCUGGUGCAGCGCUACAAGGGAGGCUGGGCUCCUCCUCCUCCUCCUCCUCUUCUUCCUCUUCUCCCUGCCGCCGCCGGAAUGCCGAAGCUUAGCAAGGAGGCCAAGCAGCGGCUACAGCAGCUCUUCAAGGGCGGCCAGUUCGCCAUCCGCUGGGGCUUCAUCCCCGUCGUGCUCUACCUAGGUUUUAGGAGAGGUGCAGAUCCUGGAAUGCCUGAGCCAACUAUCUGGAGUCUACUUUGGGGAUGAAGGAUAUGACGGUCCUGUUGUAGAACCAGCCGAUGGACAGAGAAAGUAUCUGAAGAUAUGUACAUUCCAAAGGAUGAGGUGGACACUUAGACCAGCUGGCUGAGGCAGCUUGCUCAUGACCUAGGUUGUACAUACGACAAAAUGGAGUUUAUAUGGACCUAACUUAUUUGCAUUACAGUGUAAUUAAAUAAAUACAAUUUGAAUGGA